GCUGUUAGUGCAGUUUACACAUUACACGUACGAGUUCAGGAUGACGGUACAAUUUUUCGGACGCCUAUGUGGAGUGCAAUUGCACGAAUAGAAGAUCGACCUGCGCAAGUUAAUUAUAGUUAUGUAACUCUUAUGUGUAUUUAUUAGUGGACUUUGAUGAUUAUCAAGCUAUAGAUUAUCAAUCAUUGUUAUCAAGCUUUGAUAUAGAAACUGGACCUAUAAGAGAUAAGAGGAAUAUUAACAUGAUACAGUAUUGUGAUAUACAUUAAGCCAGCUAUUUAAUCGAUUAACUUUAUCAAUAAAUAUGGAUGCAAAAAUAAUGAGCUACUGUCCACCGAAUAUAACUUUUAACGACAUUUGGGUGGACCAUGGCGUGUCUAAGUGUUUUAUGGACACUAUCUGUACCGCAGUUGUCUCUUUGUACCUGAUUGUAUUCGGAUCCAUCCAAUUGUGGAUGUAUCGCAAGUAUGGGACGGAAAUUGACGAGAAUACCUUACCGAAGAGCAAGUUGUACAAUCUACAAAAGUUUGUGUUAUAUUUUGUUCCCUUCUUGAGUUUAUUAAGAAUAAUACUGCAAGCCACAAUCAUGGAUGAUGGAAUGGUCUAUGGAUACAUGAUACUGAUGACGGUGUCAACAGUAAUUAUUUAUCCGUACUCGGUCUAUAUAUUAAAAGUCGAAAGACACAAAUUGUUGCCGAGCGUACCGCCGCACGGACAUGGAUUGGUGUUGCUUGGCUUUUGGACCUUGGCGUUUGUCGGUGAAAAUAUUGUCUUUAUCAAUAUCGGAAAACUCGAAUGGUGGUUUCACCUGAAUUCUCUGACGGACCAGAUUGAGAUGGCCCUAUUUGUUUUACGUUACGUUAGUAAUCUGUUGAUUUUUGCUCUGGGCCUACGCGCUCCUGGCAUUGCCGGUAGGUUCGAUUCUGAUUAUCGUUCGCUCAACGACGGCUCAAGUAUGCAAUCGCGAUACUAUCAAAGGAGACCGGAUGACAACACUUCCACGUGGGCAAAUCUGUGGUAUAAGAUUAGAGUGUUGGCGCCAUUCCUGUGGCCAAAGUCGGACUUUCUGCUUCAACUGAGGGUGAUAUUUUGCUUCAUGCUGCUGAUAGCUGGACGUGCGAUAAAUCUUUACGUACCGAUUUACAAUAAAAUGAUCGUGGACAGUGUCGCGAGUAUCACUAACAUACAAUUUAGAUGGGAUCUGGUAUUGAUAUACGUGGCGUUCAAAUUCCUGCAAGGGGGCGGUACAGGCAUGGGUCUGCUGAAUAAUCUGAGAUCCUUCCUUUGGAUACGCAUCCAGCAGUACACCACUCGUGAGGUUGAGGUGGAAUUAUUCAGGCAUUUACACGGGCUGAGUUUACGUUGGCACCUCGGAAGAAAGACUGGCGAGGUGUUGAGGGUCAUGGAUCGCGGCACGGACUCGAUCGACAAUCUGCUGAAUUAUAUUCUUUUCUCGAUUGUACCAACAAUCGUUGACAUUCUUGUGGCCGUUCUAUUUUUCGUUAGCGUAUUUAACAAGUGGUUCGGUCUCAUCGUUCUCACAACGAUGGUGUUUUAUAUUGCUGCGACGAUCUUGGUUACGGAGUGGCGCACGAAGUUCCAGAGGCGCAUGAACCUCGCCGACAAUGCUCAGAAGGCACGCAGCGUCGACAGUCUGCUGAAUUUCGAAACGGUGAAAUAUUACGGCGCGGAAGCUUACGAGGUCGAGUGCUACCGAGAAGCGAUAUUGGAUUACCAAGUGCAAGAAUGGAAGUCGAUGGUGACGCUAAACAUACUGAAUACACUGCAGAACGUAAUAGUAUCCGCCGGUCUACUCUCUGGAUCUUUACUAUGCUUACACAUGGUCGUUACCCAUCAAGGCUUGACGGUCGGCGACUACGUCUUGUUCGCCAGUUACAUAACGCAACUUUACGUGCCGCUGAAUUGGUUCGGGACAUAUUACAGGGCCAUUCAAAAGAAUUUCGUCGACAUGGAGAACAUGUUCGAGCUGCUCAGGGAAGACCAGGAGGUGAUAGACGCACCGGGAGCCGGUAAACUGGAUGUCAAGCGUGGCCAGGUGGAAUUCGUGAACGUGUCGUUCGGCUACACCCCCGAGAGGAUCGUGCUCAAAAACAUCAACUUUACUGCACCCCCGGGCACGACGAUCGCGCUGGUCGGCCCGUCCGGCGCCGGAAAGAGCACCAUAAUGCGACUGCUGUUUCGCUUCUACGACGUGGAGCAAGGCGAGAUCUUGAUCGACGGGCAGAACGUGAAGACUGUGAAGCAGGAGUCGCUAAGAAACGCCAUAGGCGUCGUGCCGCAGGACACGGUCUUGUUCAACAACACGAUAAAAUACAACAUCCAGUACGGCCGCAUCGACGCACCGGAGGCGGAUAUAAUCGCCGCGGCGAAGCACGCGGAUAUCCACGAUCGGAUUCUCACGUUUCCAAACGGCUACGAGACGCAGGUCGGCGAGAGGGGGCUGAGGCUCAGCGGCGGUGAGAAGCAACGCGUGGCGAUCGCGCGUACGCUACUGAAGGCGCCCGAGAUAGUGCUGCUGGACGAAGCGACGAGCGCACUGGACACGCACGCGGAGCGCAACAUACAGGCGGCGUUGAACCGGGUGUGCGCCGGACGUACCACCAUCAUCAUAGCGCACAGAUUGUCCACCGUAAUACACGCGGACGAGAUCCUCGUGCUGCAAGAGGGCGAGAUCGUCGAGCGGGGCAAGCACGAGGAAUUAAUUUCCCACGGUGGUGUUUACAGUACCAUGUGGCAGGCGCAGCUGCAGAACGGUAAGGACGAGAACGUCCUUACGCAAGAAGACUAUUCGAAAGAAAUGAUAAGUUAAAUCAACUAGAUUAUGUUUUAAUAAAUGAGAAUGAAUGAUA